AUGUUGCCAAAAUUAAAUCAAUCUCUUGAAAUCGCAACAGUCAUGCUCAAUGAGCUCGUCAGAUCCUCUGACCUGUUCCGCGGCCUGAAUGACGCACUCAAACCGGUCAGUCUGGACAGUGUUCCCGUCCCAAUCGCAUCGACCUGGUCGGAGCUAGACGACCAACGAUUGUUGGAACAAGUUUCUCGACUCGGUGAAAAUAAAUGGAAUCUGAUCGNGAUCGGAAAGAAGUUGGCUCGGUCUUCUGUUCAGUGCAGGGAAAGCAUGUCGCAUAAUAAUGGUGUCAAGCGGAAACCUGCGUUCAUGGAAAUGCAAAAUAAUCUGGAUGAGGAUAGACCCGGAAACAAGUCCUUUGAAUCCCCUAUUUUGGAUUCGUUUAGUGGUUUGACUUCUGUGAAGACUCAUCCCACCGCAUGUAAAUCGGAAAAUCCCGAUGAUCUGCGAACCAAGCUCGCGACCCUUGCUAAGAAAACCGAAUACAUUAUCCUCGGUCAUCCGAAAACACCGCCCAACAUACAAACUGAAAUUCACUACUCCGUGGUCUCAACGGCUUGUUCUGCGAUCACCCCAUUCCCCACUAGUCAAAACCUCGCCCAAGGAAGACGGGAAAGCGUCUGUUUGGAGGACAAAAUCGUCCUCCUCCUCAGCAUCCUCAUCCCUACUCAACCCUCUGAUCCACCUGCGGUGCUGCGAAAUUUGGUCACCGGGAACGGAAAUGCUCGUUAUGUGGGCCGUGCUAAAAAAUCGCAGACCAAUCGUACUCCAACCCGAUACGGUGGAAACUUUUCAUCCUCAAGCACGUUUGAUCAAUUGCCCAUCAGUGCCUCGGAUGCAGUCUUUCCAUUGACCGGCACGGAUACUAGCGCUGGUGUUUUUGGUACAGCACAACAAUAUCUCCCUCGCGAACCCCUCCCACCGGUUGUUGGAUUGCAAGUCCCUCCCAGGCAACAGCCACACUUGUCAACUAGACGUGUAGUUCAAGUCGGAUACGAGACAAUCAUUGCUCACGAGGGGUCCCAUGUGUUCGCAAAAUCCCGUUUCUCUAACGCUGGCCGUUUGACCGCCGCCCGCACGUGUCAUUUCAAUCUGGGUGCGUUGUCUCGUCUCUUUGAUGAUAAUUCGCCUCUUUUCGCAAUCACGCGUGAUCCUUGUACUUCUAGGCGUCUUUAUUCUGACUUCCUAUGA